AUGGACAAGGGAAAGAUUUACAGCUGGGACCCGAAGACAUCAGGUCGAUACUGUAUCAAUUUAUUCGCGGAUGACAAUUGUGCAGACCGCAACGGCUGGUCAUGUCCCAUCUGGGGGCCUCGAAAACUUGGGCAAUCUUAUGUUAAGUCCUUCUUAGUUAACAAGGAAGGCGAUGAACUUCCAGAACCAUCGUCAUCAACAGCAUCGGACAAGACUACAUCUAUGACACGCACCAACACAGACGGCGGGACAAGUACAACACGCACACCAACGGAGACAUCAUCCUCCGGAUCUACAGAGUCAUCUACGGGAACCACCUCUACCUUGUCAUCUGAGAAAACUUCACCAACAACUGAGGUCACAAAUACGCCUACAACUGGUUCAACGACACAAACUUCAACAGAGACGCCGAUUGAGACUGGGAGUAAUACACAUCGACCAAAGCACCCUCAUGGCGAUCCACCUACAUCUGGAGGUGUAAUUGCUGGGGCAGUCAUUGCGUCAAUAGCUGGUGUAGGAGGAUUGGCAUUCUUUGGCUACUUCAUUUUUCGAUUGCGGAAAGCGAGGGCAGCAUCCCCGCCUCCGGAGACAUCCGCAGACCCAUUUUCCCCUCGGCCGCCAAAAAAUGGGUUCCAAGAACUUGACUCUCUUCCAACGUCACCUGUAACCGGACCACCGUAUGCACCGCCUGCUUCAAUACCGACAAUAAUGGAACCAGAAAAGACAGGGGCAGUAGGAUACGGAAACCAGCACCCGCCCAUGGCAGAGUUGCCUGAUACCUCUCAAGUUUGGGAGAUGGAUGCUUCUCGACACAAGGAAUGA